AAAAGCUGGUGUGAAAGAAAAGAAAUGAAACUUUUCGUGUCCUGUUCAAAGACUAGGAUAUAGUAGUGGAGGUAGGAAGAGAAGCGGGUUGAGGCUUAAAAGCUGUCAUGGAACCUAGCUUUCCUGAGCACCUGGAAUAAACCUUCCUCAGGGCUCUAUUGCUCAUCUUUGGGUUCCCAGUUGCGAAGCUGAUGGAUCGGGUCAUAGUUCGAGUCAAGCGAGGCCUGAAUCUGGCUAUCAGAGAUGCCGCAAGCAGCGAUCCUUACGUUCUCAUCAAAAUGGCCAAUCAGAAAUUGGAGACUCGUGUGGUGGAGAGGAAUAUCAAUCCUGAGUGGAAUGAAGACCUGGCUUUAUCCAUUUCAGAUCCACAUCUCCCAGUCCAACUUUUUGUGUACGACAAGGACAAAUUUUUUGAUGACAAAAUGGGGGAGGCUGAGUUUGACAUUAAUCCCUUUCUUGAAGCUGCGAAGAAGCGGUUGGAAUUAGAAGGCCUCCAGGAUGGAACAAUCAUCACAAAAAUAGAACCCAACCGGCAAAACUGUCUGGCUGAGGAGAGCCAAAUUGUGUGGAAAGAUGGCAAAGUUGUCCAAAACAUGUUUCUUAGACUGAAGAAUGUGGAAUCUGGGGAAGUGGAGCUCCAAUUAUCAAUGGAGAACAUGUUGGGUCUGCUCAGAAUUCGCGUCCAAAGAGGCAUAAAUCUUGCCAUCAGAGAUACCUUCAGCAGAAGCAGUGAUCCUUGUGUUGUUUUCCAAAUGGGCAAGCAGAAAUUGAAGACUCGAGUAGUGAAGAGGAGUCUCAAUCCUGAGUGGAAUGAAGAUUUAACUUUAUGCAUUUCAGAUCCUCCUCUCCCGGUCCAACUUUUUGUGUAUGACAGAGACAUAUUUAGCUUUGAUGACAAAAUGGGGGAGGCUGAGUUCGACAUUAAUCCAAUUGUUGAAGCUGUGAAAAUGGGUUUGGAAGGCCUCCCUGAUGGAACUACCAUAAGAACAAUACUGCCGAACCGGCAAAACCGUCUUGUUGAAAGGAGCCAAAUUGUGUGGAAAGAUGGUCAAGUUGUUCAGAACAUGGCCCUUAGAUUGAAAGAUGUUGAGUGUGGGGAAGUGGAGCUCCAAUUGCGAUGGAUUAAGCUUCCCACUCCCAGUGGCCUCUAGUGUUUGUGUAAAUAUUGAGACCACACAUUUCUCAAAUGACCUUCAGGUGCAUUUGUUAAUGUCAGCUUAGUAUAUUUAGAUGAAUAACUCUUAGGGAUUGAUAUUGCACUUUGAUCAUUAGAGAUUAUCUAUCUAAUGAGGUGGAGUACAAGCCAUAUAUGUUCGCAUUGCUUAGUACAGGCCAAGUUAUUGAAGGUCUCUCAGAGAGACUGCAUAGAGGAGAUGGAGAGGUUUCAUGCUUGGCCUUAAUUGAAAAGGCUUGGGAAGGAGGUUUUAGGAUUGCGUGCUUGGAGCCGGUUCUCAUGAAGAUAUUCACGUAAAUCAGGACAGAACUCAUCUUACAUAUUUAUCUUGCACAUUGUAAAUUACAAUUAAGAAGCUGUUUUUAAAAGCUUUAUUCAUCAUUCCAAUACACAUAUGGUCUGGUA